AUGCAGAAAACAAACUCAAAUAUAGAGGUGUUAAGGGUGCAAGCACUAUCAAUUCUCUGUACACCUCACCCUUUUCUUGAUUUUUCUUUCUUAGCUCCCAUUCAAGAUAAAGUUGAUCAAUGCUGUGACACAAAGGACCCAAUAAGUGACGACGCGUCUUUUGAUUUUGAUGGCUUUGCUUUCAUUCAAGAUAAACUUAAUCCAUAUUGUAGCACAAAAAUACAAAUUAACAGCGAUUCUUUUUUAGAUUUUGAAGUCUUUGCUCCCGUUAAAGAUAAAUCUGAAUCAUAUUGCAGCUCCAAUCAACAAAUUCACAAUAAUGAUGGAGAAAAUACUGAAGAGCGAGAAUUUACUUUUUCAUGCACUGAUGUCCAAGGUAUGGAAAUAUUUGCCGAUGACAUAUUGGAAAAUGGAAAAAUGCGAACAUUACUCCCUACUUUUAACCAAUCUCUUCAAUUCUUCCCCACCACAAAUAACAAUGCUUCACAUCUUCGACCUCCCAUAAAGAACAUCUUUAUUAUGAAUUCUAUAAGUCCAAAAUCAAUAUCGGGUGGGUCAUCAAAUCUAUGGAGACUUAGACAAAAUUUGAAUCUUCGAAGUAAUAGUGACCAUAUGGAUUCUUAUGUCAUAUUGAAUCCUUCGGUGCCAAAAACAACAAUCAAGCCCAAGGUAGAUGACAUCAUUGUUAAAAAGAGAAAGGGUGAUCAACCCAAAAAUACAUUAUCGGGUUAUGAGAAGCUUUAUGUGAAGAAUAAAAUGAGAAAUGGAAUAAAUAAACGAAGAUCAUUCUUGUCAUAUAAACACAAUAUAUUUGGAUUCUUUACCAACAUGCACGGACUGAGUAGGAACCUGCACCCCUUUUGA